AUGUCGAAAAGAACCGUGUUCACGACCAUAACGCCGCUGCCCGCGGGCGUCACCCGGGACGUCGUUCUCGAAACGCUACAUAACCAUGUCGAAAUGAUCGACCUAAACCCGCUCGUCAUCGAACGUCAUGUCUGCCCGCCGCCUCGGGACGCGACGGCAGAGGAAUACCACUGCACCUGGUACUCACUCACCGACCGCGUAAGCUACCUCCCCGGCGUCAGCGGGAAAGUGCAGUACAACGCCUGCUUCCACGACCUCGCCACCGGCGUGCAAACCCACGUCUACGCGCCGCUGGGCCUCGACAUCAAAGAGAAAUGGUCCAUCGGCGGCAGCCUGCCCGGCGAGCCCGUGCAGCCGGUCGAGCUGGGCCUGGGCGUGCCCAAGCAAGGCCUCUACCUGCGCGAGGACUGCGACAUGCGCUGCAACAUCGUCAUGACCAAGUUCGUGCGCGGCACCCUGACGAAAGCACACAAGGUGCUCGUCGACCGCCUGGUCGAGAAGGCCGGGCUCGAGCAGGUCAAGGCCGACAACCAGCGCAUCUCCGUCGCGAGCAGCAGUGCCAGCGGCGUCAGCAGUAAUCCCGCCUCCCUCGUCGGCGGCUCCAACGACGUCACCACCGCCGCCGGCUUCCCGGCCUCGCCGACGCUGUCGUCAUCCGGCACCUUCAGCGACGCCGCCAGCAUCGACAACAUCCCGUCCCUCAUGAACAGCAGCAGCCAGCAGCCGCCGCACUACCACGAGCAGCCGCCCACGUACGCCGAGCUACCCAGCCUGCAGCCGUCGCUGGCAGCGCACCAGGCCCAGGCACAAGCAGCAGCACAACAACAACGUUCAUCGACACCACAGGUCCAGGACUUCGAGAAGCAAAGGCCAGCGGCGUCGGGUUCACCAGCACCAGCAGCAGCAGGCGAGCCCUUCCCGCCAUAUGCUGAUACCGACUUCGUGCCCGAGCCGCUGAAGCCGCGCAAGAUGCAGCGGCACAGCUACAUGGCCUACCAGCCCGCCGCGUACAGCAACGCGAACAACAGGCUGUCGUACGCGGCGUAUCGCCCGCCACCGCCGCAGCACGGGUACUCGGCGUACCGCCCGCAUAGUAACGUGCAGCAGCACCAGCAGCAGCAUCUCAUGCCGCAGCAGUACCCCGGUCAUGGGCGGUCGCACUCCGCGGGCGCUGUGCCGAGUGCUGCUGUUGCGCCGUCGCCUGUGGAGUUGGAGGGCUGA